GACGUUGCCAAACUUGAGAUGAUCACAAACAAAGGCUGGCCUCGCGAUGUAUGAAUAAUUUAGCUAUGUUUACGACGAGUACUUGAUCUGUGUAUCUGAGACCGGGAUUGAAAAUUGUUGAGUAUAGAUGUCUCAAACAGAACGUUUUAUUGAUAUACCUUUUGCUUUGGUGAAGACAUCUGGAUUUAAAUUGAACUGAUCUUAAGUUGUGAUGAUUUAUUCCGCUACGGAAGAUGGAUGUAAACAAAUGUCACGCCUGGCCGAAGAGCACUUUCACACAAGCAGCUGCAGCGAUGGAUCGAUUUUCCUCCUGUGUUCACAUUUAUUUACCAUAUGGUAAAGCUUCUUUGCGAAAGUAAACUACUGCUUAUUAUGACAGAUUCCACUGCAAGUAUUCUGCCUAUCAGGAGUCUCGGUGCACUAGUUACACAUCAAAGUAAUUGUUAUUAUCUUCGAUCAUGAUAUUGUACCUUGCGAUUGCGAUUAUCGACGAUUAAACCUCAAGGAAUCUACCAAUUUCAUUGUAAUGACUACUACGAUUUGUGCAGAUCACUGAAUUACGAGGAUUUUUUACCCACUCAAAUGAAAUGGAACUGUCGACAUGAUCGAUGAUUCGAUAUUAUGGAUUUAAGUUAGACACUUGUGUAAAGUAUUGCAAGAGUAAAUAAUGUAAUAAUUCUAACAUCGGGCAGAAAAUUUGGCAAUUAUUCUUACUUCUAUUACCGUAAAAUCAAGAUGGAAAAAUGUAUAAAAUGCGUCCAAAGGUUGAUAAGCCUUCCGUUUCGCGUGCAAUCCAUGAGAAAAGAACACAGUCAAUUUUUGGCGCGCUGAGUAAUGGCACGUGACACGAAAGAGUGACGUGGCUUGUAAGCCCUUCGCUGGGGGUCGUUCGAGAAUUCAAAAGGGCGGCUAUCGCUCUUCGGCGAGCCGGACGGAUCUUUGAAGGAGGAAAGAAUCUGUGAGGAAUCUUUCGCCGUGCAUGGAAACGCAAGGCCAUCCGACAAGUCAAACCUUGCAAAACCCUCUAACGAACCUUAUCGAACGGUAUGGUCCGGUUAUUAUUGGGUUAUGUGGCUUGUGAAUCGUGAUUUACGUUCGUGUAUAGUUGUGCGUGGCACCGCCAAAAAUGGCGUUGACAUUGUAAGAUGGCGUUGAAGUGACGCGGACUAUUUUCUCUCUCAAGAACUGUCUUUUACCUCCCCUAAAGUAGCAUAAAUCGUGUCUAACGUUAUUUUGCACUUUUUUAUGCUAUUUUGGGACUAUUUAGUUAGAUUGGAGGGCGAAAUUUGACGAGGUUGUAUUGCAUCACCUCUAGGCCCAGCUCAACUUUACAGUCUGGUCUCACAAACGAACAAAACUCUGGCGAUUCAUUGAAUGGAUUGCGACCAGAGACGAGUCCUGACGGACUCGGGAAGCGAAUAAGGCGUUUAUCUCACAAGUACGACGAUUUUGAACAACAAACAGCGGUAAAUAUAUCUCUAAUCAAUUUCGUUGUUCGCGAGCUUCGCUCGGGCGGGCAGCAUCCUAAAGCUUGAAUUUCUAAUUUGAUGUGUUGGUUGCAUAUGAAACCGAAAUAAAUUCUACUCGAACUAUUAUUCUGUUAAAUGUCUUUUGUAGAGAGGUAUGGCUCAGACACCUUCUACCGGGCAAGAUCCCAAAGUUUAUCGAACGACCAACCAAUUGCAGUAUUUGUCGAAAACUAUUAUGAAAGCGAUGUGGAGACAUGCAUAUUCUUGGCCGUUUCACGAACCAGUGGACGCUGUAAAAUUAAAUUUGCCGGUUAGUACACUCCUAAAGUACAACACUCUAACUGUGUUCACUCACUCCAUUGCAAGUCGUCGUUAUUGAUUUUGAGUUCUCGUGGUCUUGUAGGAUUAUUACACAAUCAUUAAACAACCAAUGGAUAUGGGUCAGAUAAAGAGAAAGCUCGAAAACCACGAAUAUUCCUGCAGUCAAGAUUGCAUCGAUGAUUUUCGCCUCAUGUUUAACAACUGUAUCACUUACAACAAACCAGGAGAGGUAUGAUUAGUACUAUUGUAGUUUGUUAUAAUAUAAUCAUUUAAAAUUGCAGGAUUGCAUCAAUUAUAAUGCCUUGGAAGUUAGGAGGAAAUUGGGUUUGCUUGAUAGUAUGGAAUUACGACAGAAUUUGAAUUAAAUUUCCGUUUUUACCCCAGUAUCAUAAAGCUAUUUCCGUUCCUGUGAACUUUUCAACACAUUUGGGUAAAAGGUGUCAUUUAGUAAAGAUAUUGAUAAUUCUUUAAGAAUUGUUUGAACAUACCUUUUUACCAGCUGUGCCUAAAUCAAUCAUAUAUCAAUAGAUUGUUGUGAAUGAGGCCAAUAAGGAUAGGAAAUUUUCAAUGGCAACAGUUUUCACUAUGGAUGACUGUUCCUCAAACAUGGAUAGUGUAGUUGAAAGGGGAAUGAAAAAAUUUUUGAUUGUUAGGUCAUAACAAAAAUGUUCUGGAAGCAAGUUGAAAGAUUCUUGGACAAGAUUUGAUUUCAUUACCAAGCUUCAAAUUUACUCUUGCCCAUUUUAUGCAAUAAUUCCUAGCUCUUGACAUUGUUGUUCUGAGCAGAAUACAGGAAGCCUAUCACAUUUGAACUUAGUAAAGUUCUAGCCCACUAUGUAGUCUCUAUGGCUUAGUGGUAGAACAUUAGAGUAUGGAAGUACCUGAUCUGAGGUUUGAUACCUCAUGGGAACCCAGACUUGUUCCUUUGUCCCAUGUCUGAGAAUAGAGGAAAAACAUCUUUCUUAAGAAUUCAAUUUGUGAUGCAUAGUUCCCUCUUAAAUUUGCUCACUGUCGUACCAAAGGAAGUGCCAGAAAGUCAUUGUACAUUUCUUCACAUUUUCUUUUAUUUGUUGGUGUUAAGUAGUUAUAAGCAUAAGCAGAUUAAAGCAAAGUAUGUUUUCAUAAUUUGAUUUACGUACUCAUAAUUGAUAGUUGGAAAAAGGAAGUAAUGUGCCAAAAUUCACUAUGUGGGUGCAAUACACUACUUCCUAUUGACGCCAUAUGUGUGGUUUUUGUUUCUUAAGUUUAAAUGAUAAAGAUGAACAAUCAAACAAAAUUCAUGAUUGCAUUCUAAUGUUCAUUACCUUUUUUUUGUCACUUCUAAUCCUGGGUAAAGGUUUAAGGGAUUUGUUCAAGUCAAGGAUUAUAAAGCAUAAUUUAAAAUUGGUUAUUGCAAAUCAAGGGGUUUGAUUGGUGUGGCCAGUGUGGUUUAUGAACUAUUGUACAACAGCUGCAUUGAAAGUUAUUUGUACAUUCUUCAGUUUAAUGUGUUAUUGAUUAUACUGUUGUCAGGAAGAUUUAUAGAUGACCUGUGGUUGUUCUUAUGUGACAAUGCUUAUUCUGCCAACCCACCAAUAUUUGCUCAGUCUAAAUUAAAUUUUGCACCCAUUCAAUAGAAUGAGUCAUGCCAUUGAAAUGGCUUGUCCUACCAAACUCUCAAAUGAAAAUCCUAUGUCAUGAAAACAGCAGUCACAAAAAUAAUCUAUCUUUAUUUACAACAGGAUGUAGUUCUCAUGUGCCAGACAAUGGAGAAAGUUUUUAACCAGAAAGUUGCAACCAUGCCUGCAGAGGUGAGACUUGGAAGUUCAAAUGCAUGUACAUAGAUGCCUUAUUUGACAUACUCAACUGAAACCUCAAAAGUGUUUUAUACUUGAAAGUAAAGGGAAUAUAUUUAUCGAGAUCUACAUAUUUUGCUGUAGGAAUUUGAGGUACUUCUAGGACCCAACAAGAAGGCUUUACCCAGUGGACCAGCUGCAAAGAGAGCCAAAAAAGGUGGUGUUCCACCAGUAAAAAUGGAACACAGUCCAGGUAACUGUUUUAAACCUUUAAAUUUCAGAAGUGAUUAACAUGUAACUUCUCCCUAUAAUACCCAUAUAUUACCAAGCAAACAGGUAAUGAGAAGACUCAAACUUAUCAGUUAGAAGUUAUUAUCCAGGAAUUAAUUUAAAAGGAUAUGUGAAACAGCUAGAAAGGGAAAUUAAUGAUCAAAUUUUAGGAGUAAAAGGUUAGUUGGACUGUGUCCUGUGUAUAGGUAAAAUAAAUUAAAAUUUAAAACUGAUUGUAAUUGAUUAUUGAAAUUAAUUCAGGAUUUGAUUGGCUUUGCUUCUUUAUGCUCUCUGCUUGGGUGCUGCAUGCAGCACCUUUGCAUUCAUUCAAAUGCAAAACUAACCUUUUUAAUUAGGGCUGUCAACUAGUUUGCAAGUAGAAGAAAAUGAGAAGGACUAGAUGGCCAUAUUAUCCUGGACACCAUGUUGUUUCAUCAGAUUACAUGAAGGACUGGGAACUACAAGUUCUAAUGAGUGUGCACUCCUCAAGCUCACACAAACCUUUGUGCAAAUUCUGAAUCGAUUCACACAUCUUAACCUGUGACUGGAAAUGAAAUCUAACUUGAACACUCUGUCAAUCUUGAAUAAUGCAGAAAGCAGUUGAAGUUCUAAUUUGCACUAAUCUCUUGUUCUAUUGUUGUGAUUUCAGUAGCUCCAGAUAGCACUCCAAUGACAAGCUUGCCGUAUCCCACCCCUCCUGUAGCUGUAACAGCCACAACUGCUCUUCCAACUCUAGUUGAUGCAACAACUGUCUUGCCCUCCCCUGCCAUUUCUGCUGCUCCUGCUCUCCCAACAACUGUUCAGCCUGCCAAGGUUUGUUUACCUCAUCUGUUACUUUCCAGUACUUUCUUAUAACAAAGGAGAGCUAUGGUAGACAAAUUAAUUCAAAACAUACAUGAAAUGGUUCUUUGCUACAAUAAGUGUUUUGAACCAGUUGUAACUUUUGAUCAAGUAGUCGAAUUGUCCAGUUCAGAGUAGUCCCAAGAGUGAUUGUUGUUGGUUGUAGUGACUGACAUUACAGCAACCCUAGUAGAAGUCGUUGUCAAAGUCAAGUGAAGUGUUCUUGUCAGCCAAGUUUGACACACAACUGAUAGAACACUUGACACUCAACAAUUAACAGUUAUUCACCAGAGGGGAGGUCAAUAGGGAUAAUAUUUACCUCGCCACAAAGCAGCAAAGUAAAUAUCCACCACUUUCAACAACUUUGAGGUGAAUAAUUGUUUUAGUUAAUUAGUGGUUCAUACUAAAUGGAGAUAUUUGCUGUAAGUCUGUUUCAAGGUUUCUUGAAUGUUGAUUUCCAACAAUUCAUCAACUUUCAAAUUUUAAGAUAACAAAUCUUAAGGACUUUACAAACAUUUUGUCUUAAGGUCAAAAAAGGAGUUAAAAGAAAAGCUGAUACAACAACUCCUACCACACCGAUCAGUGGAAUGGGAGAUUCCUUGCCUCCUGUAAAAGCUAAAGCUGCUAAAAUACCAACCAGGAGAGAAUCCACCAGAACAGUGAAAAAACCAAAUCGAGAUUUACCUGAAGAGCCACAGGUGGUGAGUAUCACUACUGACACAUGUUGCCUGACAACUUAAAUAUUUGUACUUUAUUUCAAUAGACUAGUUGAAGUUGUGAUAUCAGUUUGUUUUCAUUCUUUUUGCUUGAUUGGUUUUUAAAGGAAGUUUUAUUCCUCUUUUGAAUUUUCAUCUUUUUUCCCCCCAGUCACGAGGUAAAAAGAAACCAUUAUCAGAACAACUCAAAUACUGCAGCAAUAUUAUCAAGGAAUUGUUCUCUAAAAAACACGCAGUAAGUGAUUAAAAGGAAUGUCAUAAUCAGGGUUGUCAAAAUAAACCAGCAAACAUCACAUUUUGCUAUCUACUCUGAAAAAUGCACUGGAAAUUCUAAAUCCUUGUAGCUGACAUUGUGCCCCCUUCUUAGUAUCACAAAGUGGUUUCUCAAAAUCUUUUUGACAACCCUGUCAUCAGUGAUGAAUAUAUAACCAACAACAAUCAUUUUGAAAUAAUAACAUCUUAAAUGGUAUUUAUAUUCUCAGACUGAUAGUCCCAUUUUUCCUUUUCUUUUUGAGGUUCAUAGAAGUGUCUCUCUUUAUGUCCACAAUUCUACAAUACAUUUUCCAAAACAAAUUCUAAUCAAUGUUUACCUUGACUAUUCUGUUAUUGGAGAUGUACAAUGCUUAAAGAUGGCUCUUAGUGCAAAUGAUUUGACCCUUAACUCUGUAACUUUUAAGAUCUAAUUGCUAAUUCUCCCCUCUAGCUUCUGUGCAUUUCCUUGUAGUUAUGAUAAUUUGAUGUUAGAUCAAAAUAACAACCUUCUGCCAGAGAAGUUUGAGUAUUCUUAUCACCUGUUUGCUGUACAAUGUAUGGAUACAAUGUCGGGAAAAGUUACAUUUUAAUCACUUCUGUGAGUUAAGAAAUAAUUCCUGGAUCUGAAGACCAUUUGUUGUACACUGUUUGUUAGUUGGCAAGUCAUGCUCAACAUAACUUGAAGUUGGUGAUUUUUUUUGGUGAAAUGUGAAGGAUAAUUGAAUUACUGAUUACUCAUGGAAAAAGAAGGGUUAAAUGAAACUUUGCCCCCAUUAUUUUUAGGCAUAUGCAUGGCCAUUUUUCAAGCCUGUUGAUGCAAGUAGUCUUGGAUUGCAUGAUUAUCAUGACAUAAUCAAGCAACCUAUGGAUAUGGGUACAAUCAAGGUUAGUAAUCAAUCUUUUUUGAUAAGGAUGCAAUAUAUUUCUUACUCCUUUUCUUCCAUUGCCUCUCAGUUCUUUAAAGUUUAAAUUCAACAACUUUGCUAAUUUCUUUCACAGGUGAAAAUGGAAGGAAGAGAGUAUAAUUCGUCCUCUGAAUUUGCAGCUGAUGUGCGACUCAUGUUUAGUAACUGCUACAGAUACAAUCCACCUGACCAUGAUGUUGUUAAAAUGGCAAGACAAUUACAGGUUUGAUGCUUGGAUUAUCAGUUGAGUGAGGCACAGAAAAAGUUUGGUGAUAGGGGUUUUACUGAAAAGUAAUGGUGUUGUCGCAGGUGCAACCUUCCUUGUUUCCAAUGGUAGCCAAAUUGCAAGAGCUGCCUGUCACCAAUUGUCAAAUGGGAAGUCUUGCUGAUAGAAGUUAAGCCAGUUUCCAGCAACAACACCAUUUUAACAUCAAACCAUGGCCAGCAAAGUUCAGUUGUGCCUUAUUCAACUGUACCACUCUUCGUGGCUGUUUCUCAUCUUUUUCAGUAGUUUUACUGCUAGAGGUUUCCUCAGAAAGGUUAUAACCCCUUCCCUCCCCCCAAAAAAUUGCAAUUAUCAGGGCGUGAAAUUGCGCCUAAUACAGGCGCCAAUGCGACUAAAUUUUUCACUUUGGCGACCAAAUCCUGAAAGGUAGUCGCCAAAUUGGCGACUAGAACGUUUCAUCUAACCUUACCAAGAGAUAUAGUGAAUUAAAAAGAUUUGCAAAGAUAAAUCCGCGGCAAACUUCCUCGUUAAGUUUGUUUCCAAAACGUAGCACAUGCAUCUCGAUCGACAACUAGACACCAUCUUGGAUUUAGAUGAGCCUUAACGUUGUAUAUCAUCCAUCCUAGUGUCCACUUUGUAGCACGUUAAAGAUCUUUUCCCUUUGAAAAUGGCGACCAACGUUUUUUGAAUUGGCUACCACUUUGAAGAAUUUAGGAGCCAAGUGGCUAUCAGAAAAAAAAAGUUAAUUUCACGCUCUGAUUAUGCAUGCAUUGAAUGGUGGCAACUUAUUCCUUCAAAAUUAGUACUUAAACAUUGUCACUCCUUUCUUUACAGGAUGUUUUUGAAAUGAAGUUUGCCAAAAUGCCUGAGGAACCAGAGCUUCCCCCUCCACCUGUUACAGAGCCUACAGAUCCUGAACCAGAGUCUGCAGCAACACCGCCAUCAUCAUCACCACCCUCUGAAGACAAUGAAGCAGACAGAGCUGAGCAGCUCUCACAGCUUCAACAGCAGGUAUGUUCAUAUUUGCAACCAUUAGUUUCUGAAGUUAUUGUGGUAUAGCUUGUUCAUUCUCCUCCUCUUGAAGAGUCUAGUUUUUUUUUCUUUCAUUUCCUUGAAUAAUUAACCUUUAAGAAGUCAUCAUGACAUUAUUGUGGCUUAAAAAAUGGCAAAAACAUAAUCACCUGUCCAUCACUGUUCUAAGGAUGAACAAUGCUUUCCACUGGAUAAAUCCCAAUGCAGUUGAUAGGGCAGCAGGUUUCUCAAACACUUAUCCGCUAGACAGUGAUAAAUUGGUUGGAUAGCAUUAUCCAUCCCUCUGGACCCAGAACCAAAAAAACCAUAAUAAUGAUAAAAAGCAUUUGUGCUUUUUACCAACAGCUUAUAUCAGUGCAUGAGCAACUAAGCAAACUUACUGGAGAGUCUGUUAUCAUGACAAACAAGACAAAGAAGAAGCCAGAGAAAAAACCUAGUAAAAAGGAAGCCAAACCACCGGCUGCGCCUCAACCAAAACCCAAGCAGAAAACAGCCAAGGCUGCUAAUGUUACACCAGCCCAACCAAAACCAGAAAAGCCAGCUAAGAAGCAGUCAGCUUCUAAAAGAUCUGCAAACAGCAAGUAAGUCAGAAGUUGGUCUGUGAUGUUGCAGUCCUGAUUGAGUAAGUCACUCAACAUAGAUCCUUUUUUUUUUUUCUUUAAUGCUGAGAUAAAUAUUUUUUGUUUCAAAAAAAGGAUUGCUGCUAAAAAGAAAACUUUGGAGAUAGAUACAGAUGAUGAAGAAGACACUGCCAGACCCAUGACCUAUGAUGAAAAACGACAGCUUAGCUUAGAUAUCAACAAGCUUCCAGGUUGGUAAAAGUACAUAUAUUUAAAACUUUUUUAAACCAAAAAAAUGCCUACACAGCCUAAUUUUAUGGUUAUUACACUUGUUUUAAAAGUUUCUGCAACAGAUUUCUCCUUGCUCAACAGCACUUGUUUCUCUUUAGAAAUGAGCGACAGCAACAAACUAAUUUGAGUCUGUGAAACCUUUUUGUGACUAAACUCUUUCAGUAUUGUUGCUCAGUUGAUUAUAGAGACAUGCAUGCUCUGAUUGGCUAAGGAUUGCAUUAUUUCUCACUAAAAUCACCUUGCAUGAGAUGAUUAUAGCAGGGGCACUAAAUUUCUUAACGGCUGCCCCAAUGCUUUUGUUAUUUACAGCAUUUACAGCAGAAUUCAAAAGCACCUGAGCAAUUAUCCUAAUUCAAUUAUUUUCCUCAGGUUCAGUGAACAUUGUUAAAUAAUCUCUUCCACUUCAUCUUGGGAUUAUUCAACAAUAUUCACUGCGCCUUUGACAAGUUAUGGUAAUUAAUGAGGCUAUCUAUCUAACAUCACCCCAAGUUCUGAGGAUGUUAUUGAAGACAGUGAAUCUUAAUCCUAAUGAUUUAAGUGAAAGACUUUGUUAUUUGGCAUUCCUAUCCUAGAAGUUUGUUACUAUGGACCUGGUUAAAUUGCCUAGCCUACCACUAGUCUGCUAUAACUUAGUGUUAUACCAAUUGCUAGAACUAACCAAGAGGUCAUAGGAUUGACUCCUAAUGAUAGCACUUGGACUUCUUUUUUUCUGAUUAUGCCUGUGUCUUUCAUGUUCUUCAAACAUGCACCAGUUGUAACUUCUUUUACUUUGUGACAAGGCAAUAACCAUGAGUCUUUUUCUUAUUGUUCCCAUCAGGAGAUAAGUUGGGAAGAGUUGUGAACAUCAUCCAGUCCAGGGAACCUGGUUUAAGGGAUUCAAACCCAGAUGAAAUUGAAAUAGACUUUGAAACUCUCAAACCUUCGACAUUGAGAGAAUUAGAAAAAUAUGUACAGCAGUGCCUAAGAAAAAAAGUGAAGCCUCCAACAAAGAAAGCUAAAAAUGCUGAAGAGAGAGAAAUGGAGCAAGCAAAAAAGAAAGAAGAGCUUGAAAGACGACUUCAGGUAUGUAGUAACAGAACCAAUAUAUGAGCUAGUACAUGUGAUACUGUUAGAAGGAUCCAUUGCUUUUAUCUUAUCAUAAGAUGUAGAUGAUUAUUUUACAUAAGCUUUAAAUAGUUUUAAGCUACAUGUGCUAGCUGCAAAAAAGGGGUUCGGCUGAUAGCGUGACUCCUUUUCCUCACCAAGGACGUAAGUGGCAAGCUAGGAGGUGCAGGGCAAAAGAAACAGGCAAAGAAAGGUGGGUUUUGUCCGCUAUUACUGUCUAGUUUAAUAAUAAGCACAGUAUUGUUACUAGUGAUUUUUUUUCCUAAAUGAAACAACAGAAUUGUAGCCCUAUCAUUCUUGUUUCCCACAAUGAAUUCAUGUUUGAAUCAAAAUCCUUUAAUCAGUGAAACAGCAACCAUAUCAUGAAAACUGAUCCUCAAAAUAGCUUUGCCAUCAAAUAAGCGCAUAAACUCAAAGGAAGUCUUAGAAUGUAGUGACAUAUCGGGAAGAGUUUUAGAGUGAUUUUAAAAUUCAGGCAUUAAAAUUUCAAAUUAAAAAUUUGAUUUUAGAUAUAACUUCACUUUCAGUGCAGAUCUAGGAAUGACAUUCUCCUCUGAUUAUCUUGACAGAAUCACAACGGGCAGAUAACUCAGUAGUAGAUGUUGUGGGUAGUGAACCUCGGCCAAAAAGGUUGAGUGAAAGCAGCAGUAGUAGUGGAAGUGGAACAAGCAGUAGUUCUGAUUCAAGUUCAAGCUCUGGGUCUUCUAGUUCAGCCAGCAGCUCUGACUCAGAAUCAGGUAGUGAAGAAUAGAAAGACUUGCAGAAACUGCGCCAAAAAUGACACCAAAAAGUAGUUGCAUCGUAAAGUUAAGGAAAAUUAUGAUUGCUUUUAAUCAUGGCCUGGAUACUUAGUUAUGGUAUAUUCACAGGCCAUGUUAUUUUUUAGUGUAAAUAGUGUAAAUUAUAAUCCACAGGUGCUUUAAAUUGGGUUAUGAGCUGCUUGAUUUGUAGUUCAUAUAAUGUUUCUGUGUUCUCAGUAGAUAGAUUCACCUUCAUCCAGUAACACAACUGUUGUGUAUAUUUGUAAAAAAUUGCUGACAUAAGUUUAACAUAAUAUAAUUAUCAGCAAAGAUAUGGACAAUCCCCAUCAUCUUUUCAGCACUCAGAGAUGACUGUCAAGACUUGUGUACCGCAGAAAGAAUUAGGGAUUUGUUUGAAUGACUGCAAAGCGGUGCAUUUGUAACUGUUCUCCACAUUCUGCCAACAUCUCAAUACAACAAAAUAAAUUUGUAUUUUACAAUUUUUGGAUUGUUUGUUUGUUUGUAAAGUUUGCUUUUGCUCUUUGACAAGUUUAGGUUACCACUAUCCCAUGCUCAGGUGAAUCUAAUUUGGUUUCUUGUUCACAGAGUCUGGUGGUAAAGGCCACAAGACUUCUCACAGUACUGGAAAGGUACUUAUGAUUUCAUUCACUCCAUUUCACAAAAACCUUUCCCUUCCUCAACCAUUACUACUCUACAAUUGACCUUGACAUGCACACAAAUUGAGAAAUUAUGAUCUCAUCCUAUUAUUUUUUUUUUUUUUGAGCUGAGCUUUGUAAUCAGUUAGCAGAUUUCUGUUCUGAAAUAGGCAUGCACUACCAAAAUAAUUGUCAGAUCAAGUCUGAGCAGUUAAGACAAAGAGCCUGGAAUGAUUAAUAACUGCACAAAGCUAAAACACCAUCACAUCUCUGCUUACAAUCACAUUCAUAUCCUCAUUCUUAAAACAUACUGCCAUGAUUUUAGUCUUCUUUGACUUGCCUGUUGAUACUAACGGGGCAGAUCUCGUUCUCUCCCUCCUGACAUUGCCAGAACAAGUCUACUGGUCAUACAUCCAAGGCGACACCAACGCCGUCCAAACCAGUAACAAGUCAUGUGACUCAGCCUGGUAUGUCUACAUCCCCUCUUUUACAAUUUUAACUCUUCGAUCCACCAUUUCUUUUGAGGUGUAAAACUAUCCCUGUAGAAUGGUUUCUUUUCAAAACUAGAGUACGCAUUGUUUGUUUAAACCCCCCUGGAAAUAAUAUAAUAGCUAAGACAAAUUUGUAUAGUCUUCCCACUUCCAUUCAAAAGAAAUGGUUGAUUUGAAAUGGAACUGUGAUUUAAUGAUAAAUUAUUAAAAAAAUCAAAAUAUUGAAAACUUUUGUAUUCAUUUAUCCCUGUCUGCUAAAGUUCACAUUAUUUUUGACAUAAAAAUGUCAUCAUAAUCAUGUUGGUUCCCUCCUUGACUCUCACCCAAGUCUUGAGCAACUGUUUACCUCUGAGAGCAUUUACAAGUUAGUUUUUUACACCUUUGGGGAAUCAGGCUUGACUUGGGACUUUCCUAGUGGAUGAAGAUUGCGAUUUUGAAUAUUUACACUCCAAUGAGUUUCAACCCUUUAUUCUCACUGUCAAGCAGAAAGAUGAUGAUAACGUUUCCAAUGUAUCGCCAUUUAUGCAUAAAUGGUAAUUACAAGAAAACUGAAUUGUGUGCAAUCCAGUCAAUUUGAAGCUUUGUCAUCAAUUAGGUUGUGCUAAUAAAAUACCCACAUACAAACACAAAACACAAGAAUUGCCAGAACCAAAUGUGUUUCCUUGCUAGCUCUUUGCUAUUGUCAAAUAGGAAAAAGAUAAUCAUAGACAAUCUGGUCUUGUCUUAGAAACUAAAUCAGGCUGUCAGUUCUUUCCUUUAUUCCCCAUAUCAUUUUCUCCUUUUCUUUGUUGCAUGUUAGAGAAUUUCUGUGUGUUUAUUUAUUUGUUUGAAGAGCCUUAACAUCAAGUCCAAUUUUACCUUGUAAAAUUGAAAUUAAAGAGAGUAUUUUGUACUCGACUAUAUUCACAGCAAUUUUUUACCAACAUGAGGGACUGAGUAGUUUAGCUAGUUUCAGUUCAAAUUAUGUUGAGUUCCUUCAAUUCAACUGAAGCCUGUUACUCAGAAGAUUGAAAUCAUUUUUUAAUUGUUCUUUUGAUGCGUGGUGAAUUACAAUUUCCCAGUUGUGUAUACCACAGACAGUUUUUCCCUGCCAAUCCUUGCUUUCUCAGCUGUCUUGCUUUGGUAAACAUUAAAAACUUGGGUUCAAGGCCAUUGAAAGAACUUUAGAGUGAUACAUUUCUUUACUCAGCAAUUGGUUGUUUUCCUUAGAAACUGCUGCACUGGCUUGUUGAAAAAGUGAACCACAUACUUGAUACAUUGUGUUUAAAGAAGCAAUACACAAAGGUUUUGAAGAGGCAAGAAAUUUGCUCAGAUGGUUAUUAUGAACAUUGUUUUUGGGUAAAUAAGCAAAUAUGAAAUUGAAACAAAGCCAUAUCUUAAUUUUUGUAUAUUCAGGGAUAAAUUAACAUAAUAGUUAAAUUGAAGCAGCUUUUUUUUGCUUAGGGCUCCUAACAAAAAUCAACAUUGUUCAGUACUCAAACAUCUGUUUUAAAUUUUAAACUCGAUCCGCUUCUUUUAUGUGGGCAUACUGAAUUGCUUCUUUCAUCAAGUAAGACAAAUGUAAUUUUUUUCAAUCCAUUUUUUGGUCUUUUUCAAAUUUGAAUUCAAAUCACAUCAUCAUUUUUACAUUUCCAUUUCUGAAUACAUUGAUAUGUCACCUAUGAUAAUUUCUCUGCAUGUGAAAAUGAGGAUAAAUCACGACACUCUUUCUCAUUAGUUUUCCCUUUCCUCUCUACAAACUGAAAAGGUUGAAGAAUUGGACCAAAUUUCACUUUUAUUUUUGAAACCUUGGUGCUUUUGGUGCCAGAAAGAUAGAUUACAGGUGAAAAGCUUUUGUUUUAACCAAUUGCUCAGUUGUUAGCAACACUGUUGACAAAAUAACUUAAAAGCUUCCUUUUUUCAUCUUAAGAAAAAAAAUAUUGAAAAAAACCAGGAUACCUUUGUGACAUCAAGUUACCAUUUUCAAAUCAUUGCUUUGAUGGUUUGAAUAAAUUGAUGCAAUAGACUUUUUUGCUCAUUUAUGUGCUGUUUUGAUUAGUGCUUAACUCAAAGAGGAAUUUCUUAACUAAAUUUAUUUGAACAUCCAUUUAUUAUUAUUUUUCAAAGGGGCAAAAUCUGCCCUUUAAGGAUUGUAUUGAAUCUCAUUCUGGAAUGAAAAUAAGCUGCAACUAUGGCUUCUAUGUAGUUGCUUUGAUUUGUUGUUUCCUGGUGACAAUUUAGAAACACCACACAACCUCACAAGAAAAAAAGCUUGUAGUGACCAUCUUUCUUUCCUCUUUCACAAGAGUAAAAACUGGUUGGCUCAGGUACCCUAGACAGCCUGAAACUUAAGGAUUGAUCAAUGCACAAUUUUUUUUGUCUAUGGUUUUGAUCACAGAAUUGACCAUUAGAAUUGCCUCCUUUUUUUUAAUCGUCAUCUGUCUGCUUGACACUCGAAAUUCCUUUACUAAGGAUGCUAACCUUUAAACAGAACUGGCUUGGUAGAAUGGAGACUUGACUGAUCCUGCAGUCUUUCAAGCCAUUUCUGACUAUUGCUUAGCACCCUAAGUUCCUCUAUAAGGAGAAAUAAAACCUUAAUCCCUUCUGGGUUGAUAAAGGAAUAGAGAUAUUAAGCUUGGAAGGCUUAAGUGUAUUUCUUACCAUUGCUUUAGUUGCACCAGUCUCCAAGUCUACUCCAGCACCUAAGCCUCAAGAUAAACCUGCUAUUAUUACUGCUGUGUCCACAACUCCCCUGCCUACAACAGUAACAAGCAACCCCCUGCUGGCAACUGUAGCACCACCUAAACCUGUUAAACCAGUCCCUCCCAGUAUUCCACCAGCUGUACCAAAGUCCACAGCAAAACCAGUUGUAUCUACAGUACAGAAGCCUACCUCAACAAGUACCACAGCUCCAAAACAAGCUGUCUCUUCAUUUGCAAGAACCACAGCUAUGACAAAACCAUCAAUACCAUUGGCACCUACCAACACCACACCCACAGCAGUCCUCAAAGAAAAACCACCUACCCCUGUGGCAGAAAAAAGUUUGCCGUCAACUUCACGACCAGGUGCUGUCCUCAAUUUAACCUUUACUUUUGGCGAGAUACCCAAACUCCUUUCUCCUUAAAUGAGUUUCAGAAUUAUAGAAAUUAGUUAUGGCAGCAUAUAAACUACCCUCUUUGGUCCCAAAUUUCCUCAGUUCUUGGGGUCAUGUUAUACACGUAAAGGACCUCAUCCUAUUGAUUUGACUGUAACCAACAGAAGUCAUCCUGAAGUCACUCUUGUUGGGUAACACUUCAGGAUGACCCAAAGCAGCUGUCUAAAUUUUGAAUGUUCUGGUCAUAACUUCAGGCUAUUAAUGUUCCCUUGUUUACCUGAAGUACUGAACAGAUCAUUUCAUUUAACCAUGGUUAGAUUCCUGUCUUACGGUUUUUCUUUCAUUUACAGGGAGUAGCGGACUAACAUUUACUGUUGGAGAGUUACCAGGUUCACUUGCAUCCAUAGGUAAGUUUGGAAAUGACAGUUCUUUCUAAUGAAUUCCAAUUGUUUGUUAAACAUUGAAAUGCCAAGUACUGUAAUUGAUAUAAUUUGUUCUCAUUUUCAGGGCAAAAGAAUGAAAAUCAAUCAACGAAGAAGGUUGGUUUGUCCUCACUUCAUAACUUUGCCUCUGCCCUUCAACCUUGUUUUCCUUACAAUGACCUCCAUAGGUCUAUGAGAUGCCUUUCAUUUUUCUGCAUGGUAGCUGUGAGAGAUACCAGUACUUCACAUAGACUUGUUGAUGAUUUUAUCUGCAGAAAUUUUUCUUACCAAACUAAGAGUCAUAAGGACAUAGAAAUUACUGAAUUUCGGGUAAUAAAAAAUUUAGUGUUGCUACUUUACAUAAUAAAUUUCCUUGUCCUGCAGGAUUCAGCGCCCAAACCCAUGCGCCAGGUAACUUCUUGGUCCACCUUGAGCAACACAACGUCAGGAGGAUCUCGAACACUGUCAUCUGCAAGCAGCUUUGAAAAAUUUAAACAACAAGCUAGAGACAAGGAAGAACGGGUAUGCGAGACAUUUAAACUGUUUAAACAAGAAUGAUUUUAUUCUUAAACAAUUUCAUUUUAUGUUCUUUGAAGGUUUCUCUUAGUAGUGUUGAUUAAAUGCUCAAGAAUAUUUUGCUAGUAUGACCUGUGGUGAAGCUAUGAUUCAAACUGUAUUUUUACAAGUUGUUGUCUAACCAUUCAAUAGGAGAAAAACUUUAGAGCUGAAGAGGAACAGAGACGUCAACAGAGAGAAAGAGUGGAGCUUGAAAAACUACGGCAAGCUGAGGAAAGAAAAAGGUAGCUUUUCUGUUUUUUUUUUUUUGUCAGUUAAAGAUCCUGCUAUGGAAACUUUUUUGACCUUCUUUAACUUCCUUUGUGCUCUUGGUCCAAAUGUAAUUGUACACUUUGUUUUAUUUUCAGGGAAAAGGAAGAAGAUGAAGCUUUAGAAAAAGCAAGGCUAAAUAAGGAACAAGAACAAGCUAAAAAUGCACAAAAGAUGAAGAUAGAACGCAUGAGAGAGGCUGAACGACGAAGAAGGGAAGCUGUAAGUAUCAUCCCAAAAGUCGUGUCUUUGUCAUAGAUAGCUCUUAAUAAGAUGCAUUAACCCAGCUCUUCCUUCCGAUUCAAAGUGUAAUAAGUGUCCAUUUUUGCCUUCUCCAUUCCACUGCUCUUAAAUGAUUACACCCACUGUUAAGAAUUACUUUUCAUGAAUAAACAAUUUUUAAAGUAUUUUCUUCUCAGUUAGGUUUAGAUGCUGCAAAUUUCAGACUGGUUAUAUAAACUUCCCUAGGUCUCACUGCCACUUAAUUUUUCUUUUUGUUGUUGAUGUUGUUGUUUGGAGAAGAGGCAUUGCCCCUAAACACAAAUCUCAUACAUGCUUUUUGUUUGAUAUGAACAGCUGGCUGGAACAAUUGACAUGAAUCAACAGAGUGACAUAAUGGCAGAAUUUGAGGGAAGCCUGGGCUAAUGUGGGCUGUAUACAAUGCAUCUUGAAAUUGUCCACAGUGACUGUUGUCUGGCAACCAUGAAGAAUUUAUCAGUGCUAUAUCCUUUACUGGUCAAAGAAAACACAAGACAAGCUGCAAAGAAAGGUGCAUUGUGCCUUCAUUUGAAGUACUAUGAAACCUGAGGAUGCCAGCGGUUCAAGUAACGGCCAAUAGUAGCAUUUGAGAAGAAUAAUGAACUCAAAAAGUUGGAGCAAAUGAACAAUUUUUAUCUUAUUUAUAGCUUUUAUAUGUUGCUUAUGGCAAUGAUCAUAACAAAAGACUUUUCUAACUCCAAUUUAAAUAAUUAUUAGUUCUGCUAAAUAAUUGAUACAAUAGUAUCGGACAAUUCAGUUGUGAUUUACUGAAGGAAACAAAUCACUUUCCCCACAUUUUUGACUACAUUGAGAUUGGAAAGACUAACUAGUACUAUUAUCUGUACAAGAAGGACAUGUCUCUCUAGAAAAUACAGGAAUGAUGUAGUAUUCUUUAUCAUAAAGAUGCCUCUUUUUUGCAAGAGAUAAGAAUGUUGCAUAUUGACAGUAAUUUAAGAUAUCUGGAUAACAUGUUAGUCAAAGCUAUUUCUUGUUGCAUUUGAUGUUACAUGAAUGAAGAGAAUUGCAGGUCUUGAAUGUUAAAUUUUUGUUGGAAAAAAAAAUUGCGUUACCCUAGUGUGGAGAACCUUUCAAUUUUGGUUGAGGUCAAGGUUUGGUUAGGUCUUGUCAGGACAGUUUAGCAAGUUCUUGUUGGGCUUAAGGAUACUCCUUGUUUUCAAAUUGUAGUGGGCACCGUUUCAAUUUUUCCUUUUGAUGAACAACUUUUCCUUUCUUUCUGUAUAUAAUUCAGUAUUGUUGAAAUCUGGCAGAAUUACAUACUUAAAGAAAAUCUCUCUAUAAUUGGAAGAAAAAAUUGUCUCCUUCAAUAGACACCAUUUUUUAUUAAACUGAAGUUGCAGGUUGAAAGACCAGUAAAAACAAAUGAAAAUUUUAAAAAAAUCAGGAAAUUCACAUUGAAAACUAAGAAAAAAAAAUUGAGAAAAAUACAACACAAAGACAAAAAGAUUAGAAAAUUAAUGAGUUCUCAUUAUUAUCAUUCUUUGAACCUAAAUAAGCUUCUAUUGGAAUUGCAGUAUGUGAUGGCUGUAGUUGUGCUUGUACACUUAUGCUUCACUAAUGAGUAACAAAUAAAAACUGAAAACCUCAGGAAAAAAAAACAAAUAAAGAGAAAAAACAGGGAGAUAGUUUGAUGUAAUGACUGACAUUUACAAAUACUAUAAACACUCUUAUUAAUAGGCUAUGCUGUUUGCCUAGAGCCUUGAGUUUCUAAAAGGCUCCUUCUUCUCUAAUCUUUCCCCUGCAUCCCUUCCCCUCAACAAAAAUUAUAGAAUGAAAAACAGGGAAAGUGCUAAUGCUUUAAAAAUCCUGAUAUGAUGUUGUUUGGUUUCCAACCAAGGAAAUGCUUACUGUAUACAAUAUUCAAUUUAGUGGAGUGUUUGUUCAGAAAAAACAAAACUGUCCUCAUUUUGGCUCUCGAAGAAUCUUUAGUGAGCCCUCAUCUCUUAAAGCUUCCUCUGAAGCCAUGAAAAAUUAAUAAUUUUCUGAGGGCCUUGAAAUGUUAACAGUAUCAAUGAAGUCCAAACUAGUCAACCACCCUGAAAGAAAAGUGUGAACAUGGAAAUUUGUAGGUACUCUAGGUACGUGCAACAAGGACUGUCUAACAGACAGAGGGGACAUGAAUGGGAAGGUACUGGUAGUAGGUUUUAAGA